AUGCCCGUACAAGCAAUGUUUGACGACGAUGACUACUCCUCGAAUGACUCGGAGUUCGAGACCGACAUCACGACCCGGCGAACAGGUCUUAGAACCCAUGUCCGCGAGCGCUCUGCCUCGCGCCACCGCCGCCCGGAAGUCAUCUCUCGCGAGUACCUAGCGCCAGUCCAAACCCGCGUGCACCGGUCGGCCUCGACAAGCGGCCGACGCCGCGAGCGCGACCCACCAGUGGCACCAGUGCCACCAUCGGUAUUGAUUUUCAAUGAACAAGGGCUGAAGUCAAACAGCCGCUCGGAGAACAAGCCUCAGUCUCGACGGGUGCAUCAGCAGUGGGAUGACCAUCACAGCCACAACAACCGCAACCAUCACAGCAACCACUUCGAUGACGAUGACGAUGAUAUCCUGCAUGCGCCGGCGCCCCCGCGUCGCCGACGGGCCGUCAGCAGCGUCUCGCGUGAUGCAUCCCCCUUCUACCGUGACCCCGAGCUGGCCAUGCGCCAGAACCUCCUGGACCACAAUGACAUCCGGCAGGACAUGAGCAACCAACUGCUAGAGCACGACAAUCGCCGGCAGGACAUGGAUCUCUUGAAGCAUCAGAUAGAGAUCGAACAGCUGCAGCGAGAGCUGCUGAAGUCUCGUAAGCGCAGCGAGAAGGAGCGCGAGAAAAUUAUUAUAAAUGAGCAACCCGAUCCGCAGGUUCUCAGAGACGAGUUCGCAUAUGAGCAAGAGCUGCUGCAUAAGCUGCAACGGUUCGAGCGCAAGGAACAAUCCGCGGAGGAGGACCGCAAGGCCGAAGAGCGCUAUCUGCUCAAGAAGCUUGCGGCGGAGAAGAAGGCUGCUGCUGGGGAAGAGGAGCUUAGACAUAAACUGCAGGAGGAGAGGUUGAAGGAGAUUGCGCGCGCGCAGGACGAGAAAGGACAAAGGGAGAAGCUCGUGCGGGAGGAAAGGUGGAAGGAGCUUGCAAGGGAGAAGGAGGAAGAAGAGGAGAGGCAGAAACUUGUCCGAGAGGAAAAGUGGAAAGAGCUUGCCCGGCAGAAGGAAGAAAGGGAGGAGCGUGAAAAGCUCAUUCAGGAGAUUCGAGAUGAGGAUAUGCGGAAGGCGAGGGAGGCUGAGGAGAAGAGGAAGAAGGAGCUCGCCAUGAAGGCUGCUGCUGUUGAGGAGUGGAAGGUUGAACAGGAGCGGAUAAAGCAGAGACAGGCGGAGGAGGCGAUUAAGAAGGCGAAGGAGUUCCGCGAUCACCUUCGUAGCAUUGGCUAUUCCGAGGAAGAGAUUGAUGCGAUCAUCAAUAAGAAAAAGAAUGAGGAGAAGAAGAAAGAAGAGAAGAAGAAGGAAGAGAAAAAGGAGGAAGAGAAGAAGAAGGAAGAGACCAAGCUCACGUGGAUUAAGGUCCAUCGCAAGCACUUGAUGCCAGAUACCUUGAUAGCCUAUGGUCUGCCUUGGGACUGGGACGAGCACGACGCCAACUACAUCAUCAUCAAAAAGUGGAUAGACGACGACUUCCAAGAACAGCUCUUUGCCCACACCCGACGUCUACGCGAGGGUAAGGUCAUUGCCGAGACAUCCCAUUCGACGACCGAACUGAAAGUCAACGACCGCAAAAAGGACAGACUGUUCUUGGUCCGGAAGAAGAGCCCUUCAGGCCGGGUGCGCAUCUUCGGAUAA